GUACAGCUUUCCACGGGGCCGACCUCGCCGCCUUCAGCCUGGCCCUUCCCAGCCCAAGAGCUGCGACUGGCCUCGCGGGAAGGCACCGAGGCUGCCUUCGAGGCUUCUGGGCUCGUAAGGAUGUCUGCCCCUGGCGCCUUUCAGGUCUUUUGGGAGGUGCAGAAUGGUCGCGUGGCACGCGGAGCGCCUGUUAAGGUGCAGCUGCCAUUUGCCUUGGAUUCUUACCGGGUGCACUUCCCGGGCACCUAUGUCCUUGACUGCUUCGGGAACCUCACUUGUGGAGACUCCAACGACUCCAGCGAG